UUAUAACAGAGAAAAAAAAAACACUUCAGUUUCAGUGGCGCUUACCCCCUUCUCUCUUUCUUCACUCUCCAGAACUCAGAAAUCAACCUCAAGUCCUCUUAACCAAAGAAAAAGUUAAAAACCCUAGCCUCAGCCGCCGUCCGUCCGUCCGUCGAGCCGCUUCCGCCGUCCGUCGCACGUAGGGCUUCUCUCUUCGUCCUGUUCUCCAAGUCUCCAACCCCUGCUCUCUUCUUCCGCGAGCUUGGCCCAUCCGUCGUCUUCAUCUGCUCGCCGUCCUGCUCGCCGUCGUGUGGUCGGCGUGGUCCGUAGCGGCAACGUACUCUGCCCAGAGCUCCAGACUUCGAAGAAUUACAGGUCCGGUUCUGGUAACCUUGUCCAUACUAGAAGGAGCAUGGCAUCCAUUGCCGGAUUUUUGUCUUUCACAUGAAGAGAGCAACAGCUGCAGCUAUCUCCUCCUCUCUUCAACGCUUUCACCAUCUCCCACUUCCCACUUUCGCUUCUCUCAGAACCUUUUCUUUUUUCGGCCCAUCCAAUCCGAGGCCUUUCCCUGAUUACUCCCUUAAGAAACCCACCGUCACUGACACCGACCUCGUCCACCGCAUCUCCACCACCAUCAAGCAACGCCGCUCCGAGCCACUCCGCCGCAUUCUCAAACCCUAUGAGUCAAAGUUCAAACCCGAUCACUUCAUUUGGGUCCUCAUGGACAUCAAGAACGACUACAACCUUGUCUUGGAUUUCUUCAACUGGGCUCGUCUUAGAAGGGACCCUUCCUUGGAAGCACUCUGCAUUGUGCUUCAGAUUUCUGUGGCUGCCAGGGAUCUUGGGAUGGCGCAGAGGCUCGUUUCUGAGUUCUGGGGCAGGCCGCGUUUGAAUGCACACCAAGUGUUUGAUGUUUUUACUGAGAGGUUGAUUUACACUUAUAAGGAUUGGGGUGCUGAUCCCCAUGUGUUUGAUGUGUUUUUUCAGGUGAUUGUUGAGUCUGGGAUGCUUCUAGAAGCUGGGAAGUUGUUUUAUAAGCUGCUGAGUUAUGGUGUUGUUUUGUCUGUAGAUUCCUGUAACUUGUUUCUCACGAGGCUAGGGGGGAGUUUCGAGGGGAUGCGGACAGCGGUUCGGGUGUUCAGGAAGUAUGCCGAAGUAGGUGUUUGUUGGAAGACUAUGUCUUAUAAUAUUAUUCUUCAUUGUCUUUGUAACUUGGGGAAAAUAAGAGAAGCUCAUACUUUGCUUAUACAGAUGGAGUUUAGGGGGAAUGUUCCUGAUGUUGUAAGUUAUAGCACUAUGAUCAGUGGUUAUUGUCAGGUUGGAGAGGUAGAGAAGGUCUUGAAGCUCGUCGAAGAAUUGCGUCGGAAGGGAUUAACACCAAAUGAGUAUACCUUCAAUAACAUACUUGUCCUUCUUUGUAAGGCUGGUGAGGUAGUUGAAGCGAUGAAAGUGUUGAGGCAGAUGUCAAAGCAGGGUGCUUUUCCUGAUAAUGCUGUCUAUACAACUUUGAUAAGCAGUUUUUGCAAGUCUGGGAAUGUUUCUGCUGCACACAAGCUCUUUGAUGAAAUGAGGCAUAAGAAAAUCAAUCCUGAUUUUGUGACGUAUACUUCGGUGCUUCACGGCCUGUGCCAAACUGGAAAGAUGGUGGAAGCACACCAACUGUUUAGUGAAAUGAUUGGUAAAGGGUUAGAACCAGAUGAAGUUACUUAUACUGCUCUAAUUGAUGGGCAUUGCAAGACAGGGGAAAUGAAAGAGGCCUUUUCUAUUCACAACCAGAUGGUUCAAAAGGGUCUGACUCCAAAUAUCAUAACUUAUACUGCAUUAGUUGAUGGCCUAUGUAAACGUGGAGAGGUAGAUAUAGCGAAUGAUCUUCUUCAUGAGAUGGCUGGAAAGGGCCUUCAGCUAAAUCUUUGCACGUACAAUGUAAUGGUCAAUGGUCUUUGUAAGAUAGGAAAUAUAGAACAAGCAAUAAAACUUAUGGAAGAAAUGGAUCUGGCGGGGUUUUACCCUGACACUAUUACAUACACUACAGUCAUGGAUGCGUAUUGCAAGAUGGGGGAAAUGGCGAAGGCUCACGAGUUGCUGAGAAUUAUGCUUGAUAAGGGGCUUCAGCCUACAGUUGUUACAUUCAAUGUAUUAAUGAAUGGGUUUUGCAUGUUAGGGAUGGUGGAAGAUGGUGAAAGAUUAAUCAAAUGGAUGUUAGAGAAGGGUAUAAUGCCAAAUGCAACGACAUUCAAUUCUCUUAUGAAGCAGUAUUGCAUUAGAAAUAACAUGCGUGUGACUACUGAGAUUUAUAAGGGGAUGCUUGCUCAAGGAGUGAAGCCCGACAGUAACACAUAUAACAUUUUGAUUAAAGGGCACAGUGUGGCUAGAAAUAUGAAAGAGGCAUGGUAUUUGCAUAAAGAAAUGGUGGAAAAGGGCUUCACUCUUACCGCUGCUUCAUAUAGUGCUCUUAUCAAAGGUUUUUGUAAGAGGAAAAAAUUCGCAGAGGCUAGGCAGCUAUUUGAGGAGAUGAGAAUCCAAGGUUUGGUUGCAGAUAAAGAGAUAUAUGACAUUUUUGUUGAUGUAAACUAUGGAGAAGGGAACUGGGAAAUUACCCUUGAGCUUUGUGAUGAAGCAAUAGAGAAAUGUCUUAUUAAGAGAAAUUAGUUGAAUGUUGUCCGAGUAUGAUGGAAUUAUCAGAGGUAGCAAUUUUGUGCGCAUAACUUGCAGACCAUAAACAGCAAUUACACUCAUUAUUGAAAUAGUGAGAUUGAUGUCCAUGUAUAUUGCUAAGAGUAGAUUAUCAUACAUUCAUACUAACAUACACAGAACACAGGAAAUAGUGUGUUCUCAAAUUCAAUUAUUCAACAUGACACCUAAGAUUCUCUCCAAGGAUAUUUGUGGUCGAAGUUGGGACACUGCCAGAUGCUACAUCCUGGAUCCCUUUGUCUCCCUUGCAUGUAGAAAAACAAAGGAAAACAAGGAGACCAACAAGUAGCUCGAGUAAAUUACUGAGUGAAGUAAAGCUGUUGGGGGCAUGGUCUAGUCCAUUUGUUAUGAGGGCUCGGAUAGCUCUUAACAUCAAAUCAGUGAGCUAUGAGUUCCUUGAGGAGACAUUUCAACCUAAGAGUCAGCUCCUUCUUGAUUCCAACCCUGUUUACAAGAAAGUCCCUGUUCUCAUUAAUCAAGACAAACCUAUCUGCGAG